AUGGCACCCGGUCCGACCAUUGUACAUCUGCCAAAUGGCCAGAACUUGACUGUUAUGCCCGUCUUCGGAGGCUACUUCUUCAAAUCCAAUGCGCUCAACAUCCACAGCAGUGUUUUCCCUGCCGGCUGGACCGUCAUCAUUCAGUCUGAAGAAUACGCGGACGAGCAAGAGAAUGAGGCGGACUCAAGCCGGGUAGAACUCAGUGGCAUGCCAAAAGAAAGGCCCCGUCACAUUCGUGCCUUCAGGCAACCUACGUUGCAGAACGAUAACCUUUUCAUAUCAUCGAUAUCGAAUCCCUCGAGUAGCGACUUCAAACCCCCCACAAGCCCAACUCGACAGAUUGCCAUGAUGCUGUGGGCUUCUCUAUACUGGUACUUUCACUUGAAGGAACCGUCGCCGUAUCUUACGACUGAAGCAUCAAAGAACACACCAGAAGCUGGGAAACCAAGGGCAGAUUGGCGUAUAAACAUCAAGCGGGAGGGGGUCUUGAGGGGCCGAAAUCUGCUGCAGAAGCUGGAGAGAAUGGGCCUGAUCACAUCUGAAGACUCGUCGGUUGGCAUAAACCCACAGGAGAAUACCCCCAACGGGUGGUCGGAGAUGUUCACUUCGAGACGGACAUAUUGGCAGUUGUCUGCAAAGCUCUUUCUCUUCACCUUCACGCCUGCAACUGGAACCCCCUUUCCAACAUCCCCAUUGAACAGCCGGCCAAACUCUCCAGUUCGAGAACCUCCCCCCCUUGCGAGCCCGGGUUUGCCCCCAUCGAGCACAGGGCUAUGGUCACCACAGACACCAGGCCCUUUCUCGUCCGGAAGCCAUCUACCAACGUAUUUCCCCCCGCCUCCCGUCCAAUACACCAUGACAUCCGGCGUACGGCAUCCCAUCCGUCCAAAACCGCCGCGCCAAGGUGAAAUGUUCUAUACCCGCUACAUACCAAGCAUGGGCCAAUAUCUCUCAUUCCGUUGCGCGUCCCUAGCCUCCAAAGCCGUAGCUUACAACGGCCCUGUCUCCUCCCCCCACCCCGCAAGGCAUUCUGCAGCCUCAUCUCUCUCUUCCCUCCCUGCGCAUGUCUCCGCUCUAGACAUCACGCCCCCACCCCCAAACUCAUCUUCAGAAACAGAAGACACAACCCUAAUGACCGACGUGCAACUCUUGCACAAAUGGAUGAACGACCCGCGCGUCUCGCGUUUCUGGGGCUGUUCUGGCCCUGUAAAAAUACAAGAAGACUUUUUACGCUCAAAUCUCACUUCGAACCACUCGUUCCCGGCUAUCGGGAUGUGGGAUGGCAAACCGUUUGGGUAUUUUGAGCUUUACUGGGUCAAGGAGGAUAUACUUGGGAGGCAUUUGGGUGAUGGGGCAGGGGAUCAUGAUAGAGGUGUCCAUGUUCUUAUUGGGGAGCAAGAGUUUAGGGGCAAACAUAGGGUGCAGUGUUGGCUUACAGCCUUGGCGCAUUGGGCGUUUGUGCAGGAUUAUAGGACGAAUGCUGUAGUGCUUGAACCCAGGGUUGAUAAUGAGAGAUUCAUUUCACUUCUCAAUGAUGCGGGGUAUCUGAAGGAGAGGGAGAUCACGUUCCCGCAUAAGCAGAGUGCGUUUGUGAAGUUGCGAAGAGAGAACUUCGAAGCGCCUGCGCUGUGA